AUGGCUUCAAUCUCAUUCAGUCAUUCAUUCCACAGCAAAAACACUACUCCUACUAUUCAAGAAUGUCACACAAAGUGCACUACUCCAAGAUCAUUUUCCAUCUUAAUAUCUUGUCAAAAUCGUGAAUCAAGUGAUCUCAAAAAUGCGAAAGCAGAGAAGCAAAUCAACAAGGAAAACAAAAAGGGUGUAUUGCCACAGCUUAUAUUUGAUGUGGAGAAAUUAGGAAAUGGUUUAAGGGAUAAUUUGAGUCCUAAGCAUAAGGGUGAUUGGAAGGAUUUGACAUUAAUGAGCUUAUCGUUUGCAGUGUAUGUGUACAUAUCUCAGAAGAUUGUUUGUGCUUAUUGUGCAUGGACGUCCUUUGUCGGACAAACUUGGUAG